AUGCAAGAGCAGAAUAAGCUACAGGUUGCUGCUGUUGGAAUUGGGGCUUGUAGUAGUGAUGCAGCUGAAACUGAGAUGCUGCUAUGGAGUGAGCUUGAAGCAAUGAUGCAGUGGCUAGUGAUGCAGAGAAGGGAAAGUGGAACUGAGAAGCCAAUAGUAACAUUCAUUUCCGGUCUUACAGCUCCACCCGGUCGUCGUAUGGGUCAUGCUGGAGUUAUUGUGUCAGGAGGAAAGGGUACUGCCCAGGACAAAAUCAAGACCCUGAGGGCAGCUGGGGUUACCGUGGUCGAGUCUCCAGCUAAGAUUGGUGUUGCCAUGCUAGAAUGUUUCAAGCAGCGAGGCCUCUUGAAGGAUUAG